AUGGGCCCCCGUACCGACUCCUCAUGCUGCUGGCCAGGCCCGUAAUCUGUCAUGGGCCCCUUUACCGCCUCCUCAUGCUGCUGCCAGGCCCGUAAUCUGCCAUGGCCCCCGUACCGCCUCCUCAUGCUGCUGCCAGGUCCAGGGUCUCAUGGGUCCCUGUACGGUUUCCCCAUUGCUGCUGUCUCCACGCCACACUCUGCCAUGUGCCAUUUUCAGGUCUCCUACACUGCUGGGGGGUUUCCCAUUUUGUCAUAGGGUUGGCAGUUUAGGGGCCCCCCAUUGCUGCGGGCCAGGCCCGUAACUGCCAUGGGCCCCCCCAUACCCGCCCCCCUCAUGCGCUGCCGGGUCCAGAGUGCUAUGGUUCCCUGUAGGGGCCCCCCAUUGCUGCUGU